GAAUAAAUAUUACUUGAACGGAUUCAAACCAACAGUGUGAAGAGUUACAGCAAGAUGAAACGUGGUAUUUUAGUGUUGUCUCUGUUGUUUGUGACUUUCGUCAGUGUCGAGUGUUUCUUCAGACCACAAGUUCGUAAAUUUCCCAUUCCGGAGGGAGACAAUCCUGGUAAACCUCUUUUCUUGACACCACUCAUCGACGCAGGAAAGAUCAAGAAGGCCCAACAUUUAUCCAAGGUCAGGCCUAACAUCGGAAAUACCACCAGCUACUCAGGAUUUUUAACGACUAACAAGAAAUGUGGUAACAAUCUGUUCUUCUGGUACUUCCCGGCACAGGAAGACCCUGAUACUGCUCCUCUGGUAUUGUGGCUGCAGGGGGGCCCAGGCGCUUCAUCCCUGUACGGACUCUUCGAGGAGAACGGACCGUUCAACUCUUUCCCCGACGGUUUGCAGACAAGAAACUACUCAUGGAACGUGAAGAACAAUCUUUUGUUCAUAGAUCAGCCAGUAGGUACCGGUUUCAGUUUUACUAAAAACGGUUGCUACGCUAAAGACCAAACUGAUGUAGGAAACGAUUUGUACGCAGCUCUUGUUCAAUUUAUGAAGCUGUUUCCUAAAUUGCAGAAGAAUAAUUUCUUUAUAACUGGAGAAUCCUUUGGAGGUCAUUAUGUCCCGGCCAUCGGUUACGCCAUCUACAAAAACAACCCGAAAGCCAAACUCAAGAUCAAGCUGGCCGGUAUGAUGAUCGGUGAUGGGUGGACGGAUCCUCGUGAACAAAUAGUGUACGGAGAUUAUCUUUAUCAGACUGGACUCAUAGAUUACAAUGAACUUCAAGAUUUCUAUUACUACCAGGAGCAAUUCGUCCAACAAGUGGACCAUGAAGACUGGUCCGGUGCUUUUGACACUUGGGAUACGAUCAUCACUCUCUACAUGAAAUAUGCCGGUACAAGUGUGUACAACUGGCUCCCACAGCCGGCGGACAAUAGCAACUGGGACCAGUUUGUCCAGGAUACCUCCACCAGGAAAGCGAUCCACGUGGGGAAUCUCGACUUUAGCGAGGAAUCGGACACGGUCUACCAGUAUUUGCAGAACAACAUCCCGCAGUCCGUGAAGCCCUGGGUGGAAGAACUCCUGGAGAAUUACCCGAUAGUCUUCUACGUCGGCCAGGUUGACGUCAUCUGCGGUUAUCCGAUGGUCAUCAACUUCUUGCGAUCCCUCAAGUGGAGUGGUCAGCAGCAGUACCUGAACGCUACCAGACAGCAAUGGCAGGUGGAUGGGAACUUAGCAGGCUAUAUCACUGGAGAAAAAAACCUGUUCGAUGUUCUGGUCAGAGACGCUGGACAUAUGGUCCCGGCGGAUCAGCCCGCAUGGGCAUUUGAGCUGGUCAACUCCUUCACCACGGGACAUGGAGCGUUUGCCAGUCUGAAGAAACGUGAUGGUUUGUAACGCGACAGAAACUAUGUAAUACUUUGUAAAAGUGUAUUUUCCAAAUAUAAUCUUUGUAAAUGAUUUGUUAUAUUGCUACAUUACUUUGUACAGACAAUACAAUGCACUUAAUUCUCCUACUGACACACAUACCAGGUUUCAAAGAAUGCCCUUCGAUAUUUUUUAAACGUUAAUGCAUUACAAUGAAAUAAUACAUCUAAAUUGAUAUCUAGAUAUACAAAUAAUUUAUUGAAGUGACAAUGCUAGUGUGGAACUUUUUAAGUGAUACAUUUUGAAGUUUUAACAUUGGGAAAGCAUCAUGUGUGUGUGUGUGUGUGUGUGUGUGUGUGUGUGUGUGUGUGUGUGUGUGUGUGUGUGUGUGUGUGUGUGUGUGUGUGUGUGUGUUCACAGUUCACAGUUCAAAAAUCUUUAUUUUUACAAUAUAUUGUAGCAUAUACAUAUUGUCAAGUGCAGUAUGCACGUGUGACAAAUCUUACACAUAUCACAUACAAUUUUUAUAUAAUUUGGUUGACUGCACAUUAAAUUAACAAACUAAAUCCUGCUACUACCAUUAUUAUACAAUGUUUAUAUGGUAUAUAACUUAUACUAUAUUAAACUAAAGAAAUGCCAACAACAGACUCCCAGCUCAUACCAGAUCCAAUUUUCACAUAUGACAACCACAACAACAAGUCUACAUAUUCACACAUACAUUCAUAAGCCAAUAAUAAGUACAUAUUAAACUAUUAAUACAAAUAACAACAAUAUACAUCUAUAUAUUAUAAUAACAACAAUAAAUAAACAAGUCAAACAAAAUAACUAUUUAUAUGAAUUACAAUAAAUAAACAGAUCACAUUAUAAAAUCUCUAUUAUAAUAACAAAAUAAAUAACAUUUAAAUAGAUAUAUAACAAAUAACGAACUGUAACAAAUACUAUAACAAAUUUUAGUCAUUAUAAAUCAACAGAAAAUACACCAAUAUCGUGAAAUAUAAAAACAAUUCAAGAAUUAUUCAUUGAAAGAAGGGUUAUAGACUUGGACAGAUUCACGUAAUAUUGUUAUGAACAUAUUCUUUGACUUUCAUUUAGAAUUUGGGCUUACCUUGAAAAAAAAAAAGAUCAUUACCACAUUCCUUCAAAAAUUUAUUAUAAAUUUUAAUACCGUUAUAACAAAAUUGGUGCCUGGAGAUUUCUUUCGUAAAAUUAGGAACAAUUAAUGAUAUUUGACUAGAUGAUCUAAGAUUUAGUAUACUUUGCUUAACACUGUAAUUAAAGAUAUAUUGUUGAAUGUAAUUUAAAAUACAUGACACAUACAAUUGGUUAAUGCUCGGUAUACGUUGUUCUUUAAACAAAUGUGAGACAGGUUCAAUUUUUUUUAUAUUGUUAAUGUUUCUAACUGCAAAUCUCUGAUUAGUUAUAAUUGGUUUUAGGAUACUCUGAUAUGUUCCUCCGUAGUGUAAAAUACCAAACCGAGUGGUGCCUUAAACCCAGGAAGUAUAUAACUGCUUCAAAUGUUCAUUUUGUAUAUAAUCUCUUAAAAAAUACAAAAUAUAAUUAAUUUUUCGUAAUUUUCCUGCUAAAUAAUUUAUAUAGUUAUCCCAUUUUAAGUUCCUGUCAAUUAUUAAUCCUAAAUACUUUACAUAAUAUACAAUUUCUAUUUCCUUGCAAGAACACUUGAUAGACAUUGAUGUGUGUGGCAAUAAAUUUUGUAACUGAUUUGAAGUUCUUUACUUUCUUUAUUCCGAUCAAAAAAUAAAACACAUUUUGAUUUAGCUGUA